ACAACUGUCAGAAGUCAAAUGACAGUUGCCAGUGCAAUUGCAUUAUUUGCUAUAUUAGUUGACAUUUUUAUUACCCCUGUCGAAUAUAAGCGUUUUUCUAGACUAAUCUUGAAGUCAAUUGUUAUUCCUGUUGUUAAGGCCAAAAACAAGAGUAAAAAUGAAUUGCCCAUUUAAUGAAGAGCAGUUAACUCAACUAAAGGCCUUCGUAGAGCUUUGCAAGAAUCAACCUAUGAUACUGCAUCAUCCUAAAUUAUCUUUCUUCAAAGAUUAUUUGGUUUCACUCGGCGUUACACUCCCCACCGCUACUUAUAAUACCAAAAAUUUUACCGCUUCCGGCGAUAGUAAUGCUGGUGCUAAAGUUGAAGAGGAAGUUCCCGCAGAAGAAGAGGAGGAGGAUAUUGAAUCUGAUGUAGAACUUGAUAUGGAAGGAGUAAUAACCGACACAACUCCGGCUGAUCAGGAAAUGGGUGAUGAUACAAAGGAAGUGUCUGAUGAGGAUCGGGAUCUGUCUGAUGAAAAGAGGUCAGAAGCCAUGCGUGCUUUCUCAGAACAGAAAUAUGAUGAAGCUAUUCAGAUAUACACUGAGGCGAUUAAACUUAACCCUCAAAGUGCACUUCUCUUCGCCAAAAGGGGUCAGGUCUUCCUCAAGCAGAACAGGUUGCAUGCCUGUAUCAAGGAUUGCUCACGAGCCCUAGAACUGAACUGUGAUAGCGUAGCUGGAUACAAAUUCCGUGGCCGCGCUUACAGGCUGCUUGGAAAGUUCGAGGAGGCCGCUCAUGACCUGUGCGAGUCACUCAAAAUUGAUUACGACGACCAAACAAACGAAUGGCUGAAUGAGGUUAAGCCAAACGCUGAUAAAAUACGUCAGCAUAAUAUUAAUGUGCAACGUCAUAAGGAAGAAAAGGAGCGUCGCGAGAAAUUAAACCGAGCUCGCAAAGCGCAAAAAGCAAACGCUGAAGCUGCUGAGGAACAAGCGUUUACACAAGGACUUCCUAAGUUCAUGGGUAAAAUAGAUCUUGAACAGCUUCUAAAGGAUCCGGAAUUGUUGGCUGCCUCUCAGGAUCUUGAGAUAUUAAUGGCUCUGCAAGACAUUUCAUCGAAUCCAAUCAACUUUUUGAAGUAUCAGAACAAUCCUAAAAUUGCUGCUGCGUUGGAACUGUUUGCAAGGAAAUACAAGUGUGAAUCUGGUGCUGCUCCGGAACCACAGGCAGAUACAAAACCGAAGCCAGCAACCAAGACGCCCGAUGACGAUGUAGGCCUGGAUUAAAAUCUAUUCACAUACCAUACUAUUAAUAACUAUUUAGAAUAUCUUCAUACACAUUAAAAUUUGAGAUAUUGUGUCGCAAAAAUUAUAAAAUGCAGAUUAGUUUCAUUAUUAAAAAUUCAAAUUGCUGUUCAUAAAAAGCUUCCAAAUCAUGUCGUAGUCUGCAAUACUUCCGCCCACCUCUGCCUUAAAAUUAAAGUCAUUUUCAUGAUGAUCGAUAGCAUUUUGGUAGCAAUUUAUCAUAAUUAUUAAAUCCAAAGUCUGGAGUUCCCUUUAAAGUGAUCUGGAACUGGCAUUUAUUUUAUUAAUAUUAGUAUUUUGUCAGACUGUUCCGGGAUAGGAUACAAAAUACGUAAUCAAACAAUGUUCUAAUAGCUAUUGUUUUUAUAUUACUCGUAACACAAGCUUGGUGUGCUGUUAAAUGCUAGUAAUAAAAUAUAAAUAAUU